ACAUAUAUUCCCACACACAACCCAUCUAUCCGAAAAGAAAACACUCCACAGAUAUAAUUCCUCUCCCCUAAAUUCCCCUUCACAUCUCUCUCUCUCUCUCUUUCUCUCAGUCAGUCCCCUAAUUAAUUCCGCAAUGGCUCGUCCUUUGUUGGUCACAGUGCUCAUGAUCUUCGUAGUAUGUUCUUUCUUGCUGUCACCUUCAGAGGGCAGAAAGCUGCUGGGGGCAAUGAAGGUGGACAAGAGCAAGGUCACAUUGAACCCGAGCAUGUUACUGAGUGCCCUCCCGAAGGGCACCGUCCCAUCUUCUGCUCCGAGCAAGAAGGGCCACGCAGUCGUAGUCGACGAGAAGCUCAUUGCUAGGCACCUCUCCAGCCUAGAGCGAGAGCGAGCCCUCCUCCUCUCCAUCCCUAGUCCCGGGGUCGGCCAUUAAUCGUUAAUUUAUAUUCAUUUUUCCUUCUCAAACCUCUUCGGUAACAUAUUAUUGAUUUCUUUGGUUCCUUUUUUUAUUUUAUCUUUUAUUUUUUCAUCUUCUUCUUCUUCUUCCUCCCUCUCGAAAAUUUUGGAACUUCUAUAGCUAAGACUUCAAGCUCUUCCAUUUGUAUUUGAUAAAUAGGGUGGAUAUAUCAGAUCAAUUGUAAGACGAUGACAUGUGUAAAUAUAUACUUACAUAAAAUUAAUCAGUUCUGCUUA